AUGGAGCCGAUUGUUGCUUAUCCUUUAAAAUGCUGGGGGCCCAAAGCAAAAGUAUUUGCAGUCUUCUUGUCUAUGGUUCUUUGCACAGUGUUAGUAUUUCUUCUGCAAUUGAAAUUCCCAAGACCCAGAAUUGGUAGCUUUUAUGCCUUUGAAGUGAAGGAUGCCAAAGGAAAAAUCGUGUCUCUGGAAAAGUUUAAGGGCAAAGUUUCACUAGUUGUAAACGUGGCUAGUGACUGCAAACUCACAGAGAGAAAUUACUUAGCACUGCAGGAACUGCACAAAGAAUUCGGGACCUUCCACUUCAACGUCUUGGCUUUCCCCUGCAAUCAGUUUGGAGACUCAGAGCCCCGCCCCAGCAAAGAAGUGGAGUCUUUCGCAAGAAAGAACUUUGGAGUGACAUUCCCCAUCUUCCACAAGAUUAAGAUUCUGGGAUCAGAAGCAGAACCUGCAUUUCGAUUUCUUGUUGACUCGUCAAAGAAGGAACCAAAGUGGAAUUUUUGGAAGUAUCUGGUCAACACUGAGGGUCAAGUUGUGAAGUUCUGGAAGCCAGAGGAGCCCUUUGAAGUCAUCAAGCCUAGCAUAGCAGCUCUGGUUAGACAAAUGAUCAUCAAAAAGAAAGAUGAUCUAUGA